UCUCGCCAAAUCUCGCUGAAUUAAUUUUUUCUUUACUUUGCUGAUUUUCUCGGGAAAAUCCAAGCUUCUUCCAGCGAGAAUAUUCUCUCCCCACCGAUUUACCUCCCUCCGUCGCUGUUGCUGCGAUAGACUUCACAUCUCGGCUCACGAGCAUCUCUCCGACCACUGCCGAUGGAUCGGAGGAGGGCGGGGAGCCCAGUGUACGGACGGCAGUGGAGCGGCGGAUCGAACAGUACGGACUCGACAUCGCCGGCGAUGUCUCCGGCUCACCGGAAGCAGCUCGGAGGUGUCGGAGGUUUCUCCACCGUCAAACGGACUCAGAACGUGGCUGCCAAAGCGGCGGCGCAGCGGUUAGCUCAGGUCAUGGCCUUGCAGAACAAGGACAACGAGGAGGACGAGGAUGAGGAAGAGGACGAAGAUCUAGGUUUUAGAUUUGCAGCUCCUCUGAAGCCAGGACUUCAUGCUCCUUCUGCUCACUCCUCCACCGGCAGCAACAACAUCAACGGAGCCAGUAAUUUGUCGGCGGUUUCUUUCGCUCAGCGGAACAGAUCGCCGUCGCCUGCCUUAGGCAGGAACUUCAUGGAGCAAGUGCCUUCGGUGCGUUCAGCCUCCACUGGAAGGCCGUCGAUGUCUGUUAGAUCCACGACUCCGACUCCUAAUCUCAUGCCGCCGAGUAGGGUGUCGCUCAAAACUCCGGUUGCUAUCCCUCCAAUUGAUCCUCCUAAGAACAGAGAUAAAAGAUUUUCGGUUGAAGUGCCAUCAGUGAAUUCUAAGGAGAAGGGAGAUCAGCAGGCUCUUCGUGACGAACUGGAUAUGCUACAAGAGGAGAAUGAGAUUAUAUUGGACAAGCUUCGCCGGGCGGAAGAAAAGCGUGAGGAAGCAGAAGCCAGGGCUAGGGAGCUGGAGAAACAGGUUGCUUCUCUUGGAGAAGGAGUAUCUCUGGAGGCUAAAUUGUUAAGUAGAAAGGAAGCAGCAUUACGUCAAAGAGAGGCUGCUCUGCGGGCUGCUCAACAGAAAAAAGAUGGGAAAGAUGAAGAAGUUACUUCUCUUCGUUCAGAACUUCAGAACUUGAAAGAUGAGGCUGCGGCAUCACUGGAACAGCUCACAGAAGCAGAGUCUGAAGCGAAGUCUCUUCGUACAAUGACUCAAAGAAUGAUUUUAACUCAGGAAGAAAUGGAGGAGGUAGUUCUGAAGAGAUGUUGGCUUGCUCGGUAUUGGGGGUUGGCUGUGCAGCAUGGCAUCUGUGCCGAUAUAGCCCCAUCUAGGCAUGAACACUGGUCAGCUUUGGCUCCUCUUCCAUUUGAACUAGUCAUAUCUGCAGCACAAAAGGCCAAGGAGUUGUCUGGGGAUAAAGGUGGAAAUGAUCAAAGUAAAGCCGCAAGAGAUUUAAGUGAUCUAACUGGUGAAGGAAAUAUUGAAAGUAUGCUUUCAGUUGAGAUGGGUUUGAGAGAACUAGCGUCACUAAAGGUUGAGGAUGCAGUUGUGCUAGCAUUUGCCCAGCGGAGAAGACCAAGUUCGGUUCGUCAAACUGUCUCUGAUCCCAAGGGCCAUGGAGAUCCCAAAUUUGUAGAGGCAUACGCACUAAGUGAUGAGGAAGCCGAAGAUGUCGCCUUUAAGCAGGCAUGGCUAAUGUACUUUUGGGGUAGAGCCAAGUUGCAUAACGUGGAAGAAGACAUAGCAGAAGAACGCCUCCAGUUCUGGAUCAGCCGUAGUGGUCAGUCACCGACUUCCCACGAUGCUGUUGAUGUGGAAAGAGGAUUGGUAGAGGUAAGGAAACUCGGGAUAGAGCAACAGCUAUGGGAAGCGUCUCGGAGAGAGAUCGAUCAACCUUCUCCGGCCGCCUCUUCUCCCUCGAACCCCGACCCUGACGAAGGCGGCCAGGAUUCAUAGUCUGCUGUACAACUAAGGUUCUCCUUCUCUUUGCUGCCCUUGUUCUUGGGUUGAAAUGGGAAUAUCUUCCCCCUCCUUUUUAUAAAGUUUUUCAUUUUUGUAUAUCCCUCUUUAUUUAUUUUUUAAAAAAACGGGAUUUGUGGAAACAUGAACAUUUUGGAGCAUUACGAAAAAACAUGUGUGUGAAUGUUAAGGAAAGAUCUUUCUUUUUGCA